CUGAUUUUAGGACUAGCUGAAAUGGGCAGAGCAGAAUCGCCCUGGAAGGUAGUCUGGGGGCCAUUGGCAUUGCUCUGCAUAAGUUCUGGGCUGGGGUUGUGCCCCCCAAGAUGGAUCCCCUACAGAGAUGAACUCUGCCUCUAUCUCCGAGCUGCUCCUGCUCUCUCCUGGAAGGAGGCCAGAAUCUUCUGUCAGGGCCAAAAAGCAGAUUUAGUGGUCAUCAAGGAUUACAGCAAGCAAAUGUUCCUGAGGGACCUUACAGAAGGUGCCAGGGGUCACACGUCGUACUUUUGGAUCGGGCUGGCAUGGCAAGAGGCUCAGCUCACCUGGGUGGAUGGCACCCCGAUAUCACAGAGUUGGUAUAGCUACUGGCUCCAGGGCCACCCCAGGAAGGACCUCUGUGUGCAGCUUGUGGGCAUCUACGCUGGGCAGUGGAGAGACUGGGACUGUGACGCCAGCACCUCAUUUAUCUGUGAGAUGCCUAUAAAAGAUGCCUUUUCCAGCACCAUGAGAAAAGCGCAUUUCCGCUCUCACUGCUAUGCCUUCCAUUUCCCAUCCUUCCGGGAACAAAGGUCGUGGAGAGAGGCCCAGUCUUUCUGCCAGGAACUUGGGGGUAACUUAGCAAUUGUCCACGAUGAAGAGGAGAAUGAUUUUCUCUCAAAUGCCUUUCCUGAGGAUGGCUGGCACAUGUGGAUUGGCCUGCGCUUGGGAGCCCUGUGGAAGUGGAGUGAUUCCUCCCCCCCUACCUACCUCCGAUGGCACUCAGCCCCGUCGACAGGGCGGGACCAGUGUGCAGUGCUUAGUCUUCAGCCCCUGGAUGUCGAGCAACACGGGACAUGGAAGACCAGACCUUGCAGUGUGCGUCCUGCAGCCGAGGUCACUGGUUUCAUCUGCCAGCUCCAAUAUGAUUUCUGUGACCCUCCGGAGUCUGUGCGGUUUCCCCUCCUGGGUGGGAUGGAUAUUUAUGCCACAGCUGAUGUCACGUUCUCUUUGUCUGACCAUGCCACCUGCUCCCUGGCUUUGACCUGCUUUCAUCCUAAUGGCACCCUUUUCUGGAUCAUCUUUGAGUACAAUGCCACCCACAUGCAUGGCAGCAUCUUUACUGAGCAGGGCAGAUUUUUGGUGCGCAGGAAUUACCCUCAUGCACCCUUUUCCCCCGGACUCAACACGUGGAGCUUCGUCACCUACCCCGAUGGCUUUGCAUGCUUCUUCAACCACCAGGAGCACUUCCGGCUGUCUGACAGCCAAGAUGUCUUCCUUGCAAAUGUCAGCUCCUUGCAGAUAAGCGGAGUGACCGUAGCCAAUGCUUCCCUAGAGUAUCGGCUCUCCUCUGACUUGCACUUCCCCUACGGGAGCAGCCUGCAGCUGGUGAAUGCCAUCCACCGCUACCUGGGCAAUUUCACCAUCGGGCUGUGGAUUCGAAGCACCUUCCUGGACUCGCCUCGGAUGUGUGUGGUCAGCUACUCCUUGGCGUGGCGGCAGCAGGCAGAGUUUGCCCUCUUCCUUCUCUCCCCUUCUGGACUGGAAUUCCACAUCAAGGGGGCUGUGCUGUUCAGGGGCACCCGGGUCUCCCUUCUGGAUGGAUCUUGGCACCACGUGGCUGUUUCUGUCUCCAGCUCUCUGGGCAUCCCUCCCUUCGAGGUCUUUGUGGAUGGCGAGACCUGGGAGCCAGAUGUUUCUGAGAGCAGCAGCUUCCUGUGGAAGGGGCUGUCCCUGGGAGGACAGCUGAGCGUGGGGCAGCUGCAGGUGGGCCCCAGAGGGACCAGCUUCUAUGUAGGUGAUCUGAAUGAGAUGAAUCUGUGGGACCAGGCCCUUUCUGAGUUUUCAGUGAAACAACUGGCAGCCUUGAGGACCAGGUGGAAGUUCCCCGGGAACGUGGUGAGCUGGAACCAGCUGGUUACGAAGAAGCCUCCAAGCGUGCAGAUCAGCCCUCCCAGCGAAGAGCCAGCACGUGCUUUUGUGUGGUUUGGCCUCCUCCGACUCAGAGGGAAGGCUUUGGUUCUCUGCACAGACUCAGAGCGGCCCGUCCUCCACACCGGGCCCCUGUCCGGCCAGUGCACCACACGUGCCUUCUGGGGACUGCAGCUGAACGGUCGACUCCGCAACGUCGCAGACCCUCCUGCCUGUCUUCUGGUUGCCCCUGAUGGCUUCUCUGCACUGAGCAGCUCGGACUGUUCCCCUGAUCCUGGGAGCACCUUCCGCCUCCUGCCGGACCUGCGUCUGCAGAAUCUGCACUCGGGGCUCUGCUUGUUUCAAGACGUCAUGCAUUCCAAGCUGAAUCUGGGGAAAUGCACUCCACAAGCUUUGUACUUUUUUCUGGAUUGGGAUGUGCACUGCCCCCACUCCAGGGGCUGGAGGUCUUGGAAGGACAAAUGCCUCUUCUUCGUGUUGGAUGCUGCUCUGGAGUGGAGCCGGGCUCAGAGGUUCUGCCAGAGGUUCCAUGGGGGGAGCCUGCUCUCGCUGAACAGCCCACAGGACCUCAUCUGGCUGCAGGGGGAGUUGCCGGGGAGCAUCUGGACUGGUCUGCAUGGCAAUGGGAGAGAUCUGUGGAGCUGGGCUGAUGGGUCGCAAUUCAACCAAGCCUUGCGCCGCUUCAUGUUCUCCCCGGGGCCUUCCAGCAUGGCGGUCUGCAUGCUUGCCCUGACCUCUGGCUUCCUGAAGGCUGAGCCAUGCCACAGGCCUCACCGGUGGGUCUGCCAGGCCCCACGCCAAAGUGAUUUAUACAUGACAUUCCCAGGGAAGUCCUUUGAUGGCACCAAGUCUGCAGAUCUGAGCUUUCCUUCGCUGCAGGCUGCUAAGCAGCAGUGCAGUGCACUGGGCAAGGGCUGCAAUGUCGUGGUCAGCACUGUGGCAGGCCAUCACCUUAUGGUGGGGAGGCGCUUUGUCACCCUGGAGGAUCCUGGAGGGGCGGCUGCGGCGGCUGUGCAUGUCAAAACAAGAUGCUCCCCUGGCUACUCUGGGCAGGACUGCCAAUCGAUGUGUCUUCGGUGUGAGCCCAGCUUGAGCUGCAACCCGCUGACGGGCCUCUGCGAUGGCUUUCUCUAUUACCGAGAGGCUUCAGGUGUCGUUGCCUCCCUGAAGUGCCUCCCGCUCGAUGUUUGGAUUUUUGAGCGAGGAAGUUGCUGGUCUUACGAGCGCUACAGUAGCCAGGUUGAAGCCAAUGCCGUUUGCCAGAGGUAUCUGGGCAGCAUGGUGCGGAAGGUUCAACCCCCAAGCAAGAUCCCAGCUGAUCUUUCUGCAGAUGGAAGGAGAGGUUUUCAACAGCCAAGUGGUUCGCUUUGGGCUUGUCAGCGAGACGAAGAUGUGGAGCUGCCUUCAUUUAGGGAGAAGUUGCUGAUUUCCCCCCAGAAUACCACUCCCGGGCAGAGGCACGCAUCGCUGCAGGAAGCCGAGGAUGCCUGCUACCUGCAGAAGGAGCGCUGCACGGGGCUGCUGAGCCUGAAAGGAGCAACUUACACAGUGGCCGGGACAGUGCUGGUGGACAGCCCUGGCUCGGGGGCUCUCCUCUUCGUGAAGGCAGCUUGUUCCCCAGGGUUCUGCGGAAGGCGCUGCCAGAGGCGCUGCUCUCCUUGCCUGGGCACACGCACGUACAACCCGCUGACGGGCCAGUGUGACGGCCUCCUGAGCUGCAUGGAUCGCUUCAGCCCUUCGUGUCUUCAUGGCCUGGUGCAUUCCAGAUGUCCAAGGGAUCCUGGCUGGUGGUUCUGGGGCGGCCACUGCUAUUACGUGGAGGAACGGAGCAGCAAGAGCUGGCAAGAGGCAAAAGCUGCCUGCCAGGCUUAUGGUGAAAACGUGGACCUCCUGGUUCUGAGUAGUCCCAAGGAAAAGGCCUGGGUGGCAGCCAUGGUGCAGAGGGGCAGCUGGACAGGGCUGAGUGGUGCAGAUGAAGGUGGAGCAUGGAGAUGGGGAGGAGGCCAAGCAGACAGUCCCUCUCCACCUUGGCUCCCUGAUGUGCCGCUUGUGACCGGAGGCUGCUUGGAGAUUCGUCACACGGGAGACCAGGAUUUGGCAGCCUCCCCAUGCUCCCACCUCAAGCCCUGGGUGUGCGAAGGGAUCUGGGCACCUCGGAGUUCCUGUCCAACGGAGCCUGGCUGGAGUCACUGGAACGGCAGCUGCUACUUCUGGGACCCUUCCUCUGCUGCCACGUGGCCAAAGGCCCGAGAGGCUUGCCGGCGGUUCCGAAAGACAGAGCUGCUGUUCCUGGCCUCACUUUGGGAGAUGGACUGGGUCCGCUCACGCUUCCAAGGCUCGUUCUGGACAGGCUUGAAUGAUCGGGAGGAGGAGUCGGUCUUCCGCUGGACAGCCCGGGAGCCCCUCAGCAAGCCGGUAGCACAAUACUUGCGAGAUGACACAGCAAACGGGGGGCUGAAGGACUGUGUGUGGUUUGACUCGGCAACCGGACUUCUGAGCGAUGCCAGCUGUGUGGAGGAGAGGCCUUUCCUGUGCAAAUGCCACGAAGCCACAGAGUGGUUUGAUCAAUGGACUGGCCACAGCGUGGCUGGAGAGCCAUCCCUGCUGUACCCCUCCGCUGAGACCUUGGAGGAAGCCAAGCGGGAGUGCCUGCUGGAGCGUCCGGUGUGUGUGGCUGUCCUCGAGACAAGGUCAGGCUUCUAUUUGCUCAGCAGCAAGGAUGAUGUCAUCUCCAGGGCAGACUCAGUGCUUCAUGUCUGGACCAUUUGUGCGGAAGGGUUCAGCGGCCUGGCCUGCCGCAGGACCUUGGCACACUCACCCCAGCCAGCCUGUGAUUGCAGUGGCAAAUUUGAGACAACGGCAGAGAAAGUUUGUGGUGUCCCAGUGCAGACAUGUGUGGAAGACUGCCAGCAGAUGACUACUUGGAAUAAUUGCUCAUUUUGCGUCCCCGCCUGCACUGAGGCCAGCAUGAGCUUUCUGGACCCUGAAGAGUUUGCUCUCGUCACAAUGAUCCAGUUCAAGAUGUCACAUUCACUCAAUCUGACAACUGAGGAUGAAAGGGACCGAGCAGCCUCGUCCAAGAUCAUAUAUGACACCAAAUACCCCUGAUGGGGGGGGGGGAAGGGAGGGAGGGAAGGAAGGAAGGAAGGAAGGGGCCAAUAAAGGAGGCUUUGCGGGUCGCUGAGGAUCGUGCUUCAUUUGUUCUUCUGUUUGGGGAGGAGUGCUCCUGGCGCACAGAUGCCAUGGACUCUUACUCAAAAAGCAGGGGUUGCUUUGCCAAGCAUGGGAUUUUCUCUGUA